AGACGGCGCCGCGCCCGAGAGGACGUUUCCUGGCGCGCGCCUCCGGCCCGGCUCCGCUUGGGGGCGGCGGGGCCCGGGAGCUGCGCGCCGGCUCGGCUGCCUUUGGUCCGCGCGCGGCCGGGCCGGGCUCCUCCUCCUCCCCCGCGCGGCGGCGCCUGCUCCGCGGCCUCCCGCGCCGGCAGCUGCGCGCCUCGGCUCCCGCCAGUAGCAGGUCCGCGGGGGCGAGCGAGUGCCCGGGGUGGGUCGGGGCCCCGGAGGGGGGCGGCGGGCGAGGGCGGGGCUGCGCCCUCCUUUCCUUUGUGCAGAUGGAAACCAGGGAGGCUCCGGAGCGGGACGAGCCCCGGGCGGGGGGGGGGGGGGGGCGGCGGGCUCUGCAGGGCCGGCGCCACCCUUAGGGCAGCCGGGCAGCCGCCCAGGGCGCAGACCUCGAGGGGCGCAGUCUUAUGCAGAAAGACCUUCCUUGUAUCUUACAAAGUUCUGAUAACAUUUUACUUUUGUAUUUUAUAUUUUGAAGGAUGUUAUAAUUUGUACAAGACAUGUUAUUUUUUGACAAAUGGAGGUGAGCAACCAAAAAAAUUGGGUGGACAUACUUUGCCUUCCUAGUGUGCAAACUAGACUGGCACCAGCUGGGCUGAAUUUUGCAGACUCUAGGUGCUGCUGCGUAGGCCUCAGCACUGUAAUGCCAGAGGGACUUUCCUACCAUGGUUAAGGGGCUGGGCAUGGUGUGCCUUUCUUGCGUUCCUCCUUCCUUCCACUCCACUUCCUUCACUGACUGGAGAACCCAUUUUUGGAGAUACCUUAAGAAAUGUUGCUGGAUGCAACUGCCCUGAUCUCUUACUGUUGCUCAAAUCGGCUGGGGCUUUUGGGAGUCCCAGCAGUACCACAGGUUCCUCCAUCCCUGUUUUUAAACAGUCCUGGCAUUAAUGAAUUGUGGGUUUCCCAUUGGGGCAUCUGGUCAGUCGAGGUGAGAACAGGAUGCUGGGUUGGAAAGGCCAUUGACAUGAUCCGGCAGAUGUUAGUUGAUUCUGAGUGUGCAUACUUCCUCUAGAGUAGAAAAGAUAGCUGGAGGAGGAGAGUGGCUGCCAAUAUAUAUAUAUCCACAUAUAUGUGUGCUUAUAUAUGUGCAUAUAUGCACAUGCUCCCUCCCUUGCCUUCCAGAGCCAUAUUCUCUCGCAGGGGCUCCCCCACUUACACAGAGAGAAAGACACAUCACCCUCCCCCCCCCAGACACGAAGAUGUAUCAUCAGGAUGGGGAGGGAGGGCAGGUUUAACGCCCCCCCAAAUCCCACGCACACUGCUAUUAGCUUUUCUCAACUCAUUUUUAUUGGAUGGGGAAGUGAAGGCUUAAGACUCCCCCACCCCAGCAGUCCUGAGGAACAUCACCCAUGAAUGCUGCCUCUGCCGAACUGUGGGUGAGGUUUUCCCUGCUCUUCUGAUGUUUGAGGAGGAGGAGGGGGAGUGUGGCCUUGGCAGAGGUGCCAUGGGCCAGAUCCAGCCUGUAGCCUAGUGGUUCUUCCCCACUGGCCUAUACAGAUACUUUCACAAUGUCCUGCUGGGAACUCCUCUGAUUUGUUUGCAGUGGGAGGAAUAUCAGUGUCACACUCUUCCAGUUCAGCUUGCAUGGCAGAUUCAUCUUCCCUCCUCCUCCCAUGUGCUGUUCUGGCGGGUUCUCCAACACCCUCUCCCACCCACACCGCUGAUUCAGUGGAAGUAGGCCAGAGCUGCAUCCCUUCUCUUAGUGUGUGCAUAUAAAGUGUUGCCUUACCAUAUGUUAGGAACAAGCACGUUCUUGUAGUGCGGCAUCAAAGGAGUAGCGGGACAUUACAUUUUCUGGAUGCCGUUUCCAUUUAAUCCUUGCACUACAACUUGCUAUGAGCAUGGGCGCUAGUAUUAGGUGCUCCUCUUGACAGGAGUUAUAAAUAGUGCCCCCCAGCUGUUUUAGAUAAUGUUUUGCUUUUAGGCAGAGAUGGACUUCCCUCCAUAAAAAGGUAAAGGUAAAGGACCCCUGACAGUUAUGUCCAGUCACAAACGACUCGGGGGUUGCUGUGCUCAUCUCGCUUUAUUGGCCAAGGGAACCGACAUUUGUCCGCAGACAGUUGUUCUGGGUCAUGUGGCCAGUAUGACUAAGCCGCUUUUGGCGAAACUAGAGCAGCGCAUGGAAAUGCGGUUUACCUUCCCACCAGAGCAGUACCUACUUAUCUACUUGCACUUUGACGUGCUUUUGAACUGCUAGGUUGGUAGAAGCUGGGACUGAACAACAGGAGCUCACCCCGUUGCAGGGAUUUGAACCGCCAACCUUCCAACCGGCAAGCCCAAGUCUCAGUGGUUUACACCACAGCGCCACCUGCGUCCCUUCCCUCCAUAUCUGCCCUUAAUUCAGUGCAGCAUGAGCAUGCAACUCUUGCUAGACUGCCAUGACCUUAGGGAGUGGGGCAGGUGGUAGCAGCUGACUGUCAGUCAAAGGAAUGGGACUCAAAGAGCAGCAUCCUACUGGGAGCAAGGCGCUUUGCCUAGGAUGUUUCCUAGGGGUGUUUCCUAAGGCGGUUUUGGGUUCUUUUUGUUUCUGCAGACUCUUUGGAACACACCAACAUUCAUGGAUUCUGCUGGGUUGUCAGAGGCCGGUCAGGUAUCUGCCGAUGCCAGGACACACUUCAGAGUCUGCAGGUUCAUCAUGGAGGCAGGUGAGAGGGGUGCUGGGCUCUGCAUUUUGGUGCAGCUGAGGAACGCUUGAUCAGUAGUGGCCCAAUCCCUGUGAGAAAGGAGGGUUAUGUUGGAAGGGGAAAGGUGAUUUGAGGAGACACAGGACCAGGUGUGGCAAUCUUUGUGGCUUGGGGGGUAGAGGGUCUGGUUGGGUUGGAGGCAAGCCCAGAGCUGCGAAAUGGAGGAGUUGGCGGGCGUCAUUGUAGGUCAAUGAGAAACAGGAAAACAAUUCAAGCAGUAUGCUCUUUUAAAAUUAAUGCUGUUUUCAGUUAACUGUAAUAAAUUGUUAAGCUCAAUGACAUUUUGUUUUUAAAAAUAAAUUGCAUAGUGUCGGUACUUUUGCACUCACAGGAAUACUGAAAGGUGGUGGAGGCAGGCUUGGGGUAAAAACAUUGUCUGAAUAAUUUGUCUUAUAUCAACAAAAGGAAAAGCUGAUUGCCUCAUUUUAGAACGGAAGCUAAAACGUCAAGGAAAAUCAAGAAAUAUUGUUUAGGAGGAAAUCUGCCCUGAUUGAGGGAAGGGGGAGCCCAUAGGAAUCUUGAGGAUGGAAGCGACAUUUAGGUGCCUACAGGCAGAAAAUCUGAAAGCCCCUUCCUCCUAAUGGUUAAAAUGGGAUGUAAUCCACUGGGGAAAAAGUCUGAGUCUGCAUCACUGAAAGGAAUUGGAUCUGCGCAUGGUUUUGCACAGCUCCCAUUCAUUUUAGAGAGGUUUGCGCAGGAGAACUUCCCAGUGGAUUUUCCCUCACCACAACCUUGUUAGUUUGCCCUCUCCCUCUUCUGCACCCUGCUUUGUGGCCAAGCCAUCUGUGAGUCAAGGGGCCCUGCGCUUUGCUUCCCCCCUCAGCUCCCGGUCCUCGCCUUGCUGAUUCUCUUUUGGAUUGACAGGUGUGAAGCUGGGCUUGCGCUCUGUCCCCAUUGCCACAGCAUGCACCAUUUACCACCGGUUCUUUAUGGAGGUGCCUCUGGAACCGUAUGAUCCCUACUUGGUAGCUAUGGCUGCCCUUUACCUGGCGGGGAAGGUAGAAGAGCAGCACCUGCGGACAAGGGACAUCAUCAAUGUCAGCCACAGGUAAUAGGAUGUAUGGUAUGAGGGAUUAUACAGUUGUGCCCCUCCUCACUCAUCUUGCCAUUGUAUCCUCCGCUUUCCACAGUGGGUGGGUGUGCUUGCAAAAGCAAGGAAUAACAAAACCAUCCCUCUUUUAAUUUGGUUAAAGACAUACAUAUCCCCACUUGCUUUUCUGAACUGCUUAAAUCCAGUUAUCCUCUUGACUGGCUUAUGUCAAAGUUUAUUCACAAGUGGCAGUGCAGACAUUUGCCCUGUAUAGUAAAAUUUGUAGGUCAACCCUAAUGUGAACAGCCCAUGUGGCAUAAACAAAAAAGGACCCCUUGCUGCAACCGUCAGCCAGACUAAAGAGAAAACUGACUUAAAAAGUGAAAUAAAUGCUUUAUCCAUUAGGUUUUCUCCUGGUUGAUUAAAAGUGCCCCCCCCAAUUAAUCAACUAACAGCUGUAGCUGAUAAAUCUACUAGUUAUGGGGAACAAAGGCUGUAGCCCCAUUCAGAAUUCUAGGCAAGGGAUUUGGCUUUCCACAAGAUUUCCAUAGAAGAUUGUUCAGGCUUAGAAGGAACACCUCCCUCUGUAAGACAUUUGCACGUAGCUUUUUUUGGGUGUUCAGAGAAAGAGAAAAAUCAGUUUAAUUUGUCACCUGCAAGAAGGAACCCCAUAAACCCCCAGAAUUUUUCCUCUUCUCCCCCACAGGUACUUGCACCCACGAAGUGACCUCCUGGAACUGGACAUGCAUUUCUGGGAGCUGAGAGACAGCAUUGUCCAGUGUGAGCUGCUCAUGCUGCGGGUGCUGUGCUUCCGUGUCUCCUUCCAGCACCCCCAUAAGGUGCGGGCUGUUCAGGGUGGGGGCUUAGGGUGCAAACGGGGUGCGUGACUUGCUUGGGAGGCAAAGGGCUACACCUUCACGACUCUCCUCCCACCUGGAGGAACUGUUCCUUGCAGCCCAAGCCUCUGGGUUCUGCUUCCACCUUCCAGAUGGGAACAGACUGCAGAGGGUUAGACUAGGAGGAACAGAUCAGAAGUCACAGUUCUGGCCAGAGAAGGGAAGGGAAAGCAGACAUAGUAGAGGGGAGGAAAGAUGGUACCCAGCAACACUCGUUCCCCAAGUGGUGGGGGAAUGAACCCAGGCAGGCUGGGAGCCAGCACUCCUGACUUUGGAGCCCUUCUCUGUGGUUGAGAGCAGGUGCAGUAGGAUUGCACCCUGGGGCAGCAGGAUGUAGGAAUGCGAAAACCAGUAUGGCGGCAUGAAAAAAGUACUGGGCUUGCGGGAGAGACCUGAGUUCAAAUCCCUCAAGUCAUGAAGCUCACUGGGCAAAUAACUUGCCAGCUUCAUCUGUUUUCCAGGGUUAUUGUGAGAAUAAAAACAACACCUAUUUUGCUUUGAAGAGUUGUGUAGAGAUUUUUCCACUACCAAGUGGCCAGGUGGUCUUCAGUGGGGCUGGGGAAGCUGUGGCUUCCACCGUUCUCAAUCAUGAGUUGGGCUCAGGUUGUGCCUGAUGGGAGUCCAGCAACACUGAGGGCCACAGUGUCCCUGGUGUUCAGGAGUCAUCCAGGUUUUUUCCUAAACCAAGGUGACCUCCAUGCUGGAGAGCCACAUGCAUGUGAGGACAUAGUGGGGGAAAGUUGUGAGAUUGUGUUGUUAGCUCCAAGGGACUGAAUCAUGGGACCAGAAGCCAGUGGGGCUGAAGCAAGGGACAUGGCCUUUGAAGAGAAUUUGCCAUGGAUUUGCCACAAGCUCUGACCCCUUUUUGAAAGGAAGAGCUUUUGUGAGAGAUGCUGCUCACAAGCUGAGCCCCUGGGUUUUCAGCCAUCGCUGACACUUGCUGUUCUCUUUCUGCAGUACCUUCUCCACUACUUGUUGUCCCUGAAGCACUGGAUGAACCGGCACAGCUGGGAUCGGACCCCAGUGGCCGUGGCAGCCUGGGCCUUGCUGCGGGACAGCUACCACGGACCACUGUGCCUGCAACACCCCCCUCAGCAUCUCGCUGCAUCCGUCCUUUACCUGGCCCUGCAGUGUUACGGGGUGGAGGUGCCUGCUGAUGCUGAGGCAGAGAGGCCUUGGUGGCAGGUAAGGGCGCGGGAGUGAGAGGUGGGCAGGCCGCUGGCAGGGGGCAAGCAGUGGGGUAUCCCCUUUCAGCCCGACCUGGACCUAGACGCUUGUCUUGGAGCUGGCCCACGCAGCAGCCUCCUUCCUUCUUAAUGGUCCGUUUUUAUGCUGAAUCAGAAGUACAGUGGUACCUCUAGAUGUGAACGGGAUCCAUUCCGGAGCCCCGUUCGUGUCUAGAAGCAAACGUAACCCAUGUCUGCGCGUGCGCGGGUCACGUUUUGGCGCUUCUGCGCAUGCGCGUGACGUCAUUUUGAGUGUCUGCGCAUGGGCAAGCGGUGAAACCCGGAAGUAACGCGCUCCAUUACUUCCGGGUUGCCGCGGAGUGCAACUCAAAUGCGCUCAUCCCGAAGCACAUCUAACCCGAGGUAUGACUGUACAGGAAAUGCUAGCCAUUGGCUACUGCGCCUCUGCAGUCCAUGGACUCCAUGCUUCACACCAGCCACUUCCCUGCCUGUUAUACAGUCAUACCUUGUGUUGCGCUCCGCUCUUGUUACGGACUUUCAGCUUAUGAACGUGGCAAACCCGGAAGUGUGCUGCCAUAACCAAAGCUGCCGCUGCUUCUGCUGCCACUGGAGCAGACUGGGAGGACACAGCAACCUGCCGGGAGCGGCGGCUUUGGACCCGGCAGGUUGGCCUCUCCAGGAGGCCCUUUGUAUUUUGGCAGCGGCGGCAGCUGCUGUUAGGCGACUCCUCAUCUUGCCCUUUGUCAUCCUUCUCGGACUCAUUCCUCUUCCACACAGAACAUUUUGCUUAGGCCCAACCGCCCCUGGCGCACAGGAAGGAGCGGCCCAGAAAAAAGGGAGCGAGGCAGAGCACAACCACCGCAGCAGCCCGGAGAGCGUGCACACACUGCCACUGGCUCCUCAACUCACUCCCUGCUGCUGCAUCAACACCACAGUUGUCACAGUGCCCCCUUCCCCUUUCUGCCAUGGGGGAGGUGGGGAAGUAGCUGCUUUCUGUGGCUAUGAAACACUUCCCUUCGUCACUAUAGAUGGCGGCAAGAGCAGCCACCAGGGUGCAGACUAUAAAAAUUUUGUUAUUAAAUAUACCAAGAAAGAAGCACACCAAAAACUCAGGCCAAUGUAAGUUUCAGUAGUGGGAGUGGUCCCUACUCGCAAAUCAAUAGUCAAUAGUAACAAAAACUAAUUCAUUCAGAAGUAUGUAUUCUGACAAGGAUUACAAACUCAAAUAGAAAUUAUGAACUCUAACAGAGAUUACAAACUCAAAUUUAUAAAAAUAUGUAUAACACAAUAAUUCAUUACAGAAUUAGAGAUAAGAGUUUAUGAGUAGAGAUAAGUUCAUGUUAGUCCAGAUUCGUCGUGGAAGUCUUAGUUUCAAUCAUUGAGCAGAAGUCAGAAGUCAGUUAUGGAUUAGAAACCAGGACAGGGCCCUGUUUCGAUGUAUUCACCUUCAUCAGCUAAUUUUUAAAGGGUCGUGUAAGUUUGAAGACUUUCAGAUAAAUAUAUCCUGUUAUUUUCUACAUUUCUCAGGGAUAACAAGUGUGGGUAGAUCAACGUGUAUCUUGAGCUUGAGUUCGUAAUCUCUGUUUGAAUUUGUAAUCCUUGUCAGAAUACAUACUUUUGAAUGAAUUAGUUUUUGGUAAAGGUAAAGGUACCCCUGCCCGUACGGGCCAGUCGUGUCCGACUCUAGGGUUGCGUGCUCAUCUCGCUCUAGAGGCCAUGAGCCGGCGCCGUCCGGAGACACUUCCGGGUCACGUGGCCAGCGUGACGAAGCUGCUCUGGUGAGCCAGCACCAGCGCAGCACACGGAAAUGCCGUUUACCUUCCCGCUAUAAAGCGGUACCUAUUUAUCUACUUGCACUUAGGGGUGCUUUCGAACUGCUAGGUGGGCAGGAGCUGGGACCGAAAGACGGGAGCUCACCCCGCCGCGGGGAUUCGAACCGCCGACCUUGCGAUCAGCAAGUCCUAGGCACUGAGGUUUUACCCACAGCGCCAUCCGCGUCCCAUUAGUUUUUGUUACUAUUGACUAUUGAUUUGCGAGUAGGGACCACUCCCACUAUUGAAACUUACAUUGGCCUGAGUUCUUGGUGUGCUUUUUUCUUGGACUAUAGAAAUCUGCCAUCUUGAGCCUGCAGAAGCAUUGUGGGGAGUGAGGGAGAGGAAGGGUUAUUAUGGGAUUAUUUCUUCUGGGAAUGGUGGUAUUAUUGAAGGAAAAAACAUUAAAAGUGGUUCUGGUAUUAGACUAGUGCAAUGUAGUGGAAUAUUUUUUUGGGGGGGGGGAGGAGAGGUUCAGGUAUGGUGUACUGGCAGAAAAAAGCACUGUCCCAACUCCUCCCUAGAACAUCUUGCGGAGUGUAGUAGUGUGUUGAAGUCACAAAUCCUGUAUCUCGGUUUUCCUUGCGGGUGUGGGCAGCAUUAGCUGUGGCAAAUCGUCACUCUAACAGGGUCAGGACCUUCUGUUUUCUCUGCUUAGGAUGAGAUUUGCCGUAGCACUGGUGUAACUGUGAGCAUGAGAAGGGUACUCUCAACCUCACUUUUCAAAGACAUGGUUUGCCACCUCUCAGACUUUUGGAGGAACUCCUACAGAGCCUCUGAGAUAGGAGAUGUUGGAUCAAGACCUGGUGUUUUAACUUGAGUGAUGUCAUUAAGUCGCUCCUCUUGGAGGUAGAACUCCUGUCCAGGUACGGGAGUUUCUGUGAACUCAAGGGGAUAGGCGAGAGAGGCAGGGUCCAGCGUGGUUGACAAUUAAGGCUGGAGACAGAAAAUAGCUAAAAAAUAAAUAAGCAGCUGAAGGUGACUAGAGAGAAGCUUCACUUCCAUAGUGCAUAUGCACAUUGCUUUUGUCUUCCUGUUCCCUCUAGUGAAACAGGUAUCCAAAGCCUGUUGCAGAGUUGAAAAUAGGCAGAGUAAAUGUACCACAAGCAGCAAUCUACCUUUCUAAUCACUGUAAACUGGAAAACCACCACCACUGUCUGUUUCCACCUUAGUGACUUCCCUUCUCUGCAGAACCUUUUCCUUCCUACCUGGUUCCUUAUGAGGAACAGUUGAAGGAGCUGGGUAUGUUUAGCCCGAAAAAGAGGAGACUUGAGAGGUAUAAUAAAGGUAAAGGGACCCCUGACCAUUAGGUCCAGUCGCGGCCGACUCUGGGGUUGCGGCGCUCAUCUUGCCGGCGUACAGCUUCUGGGUCAUGUGACCAGCAUGACUAAGCCGCUUCUGGCGAACCAGAGCAGCGCACGGAAACACCGUUUACCUGCCUGCCGGAGCGAUACCUAUUUAUCUACUUGCACUUUGAUGUGCUUUCGAACUGCUAGGUUGGCAGGAGCUGGGACCGAGCAAUGGGAGCUCACCCCAUUGCGGGGAUUCGAACCGCCGACCUUCUGUUUGGCAAGCCCAAGAGGCUCAGUGGUUUAACCCACAGCGCCACCCGCAUCUCUGAGAGGUAUAAUAACCACCUUCAAAUAUCUCAAGAGCUGUUGCUUGGAAGAGGGAACAAGCUUAUUUUCUCCUGCUCUAAGGUAGGAGAAUGGACUUGAGUUACAAGAAAGGAGAUUCCGACUAAGUAUCAGGAAGACCUUUCUGACAGCAAGAGCUGUUUGACAGCAGCGCAGUCUCGCUCGCUUGGGAGGUGGUGACCUCUAAUUCCUUGCAGGUUUUUAAGCAGAGGUUAGAUGGUCAUCUGUCAUGGAUGCUUUAGCUGAGAUUCCUUCAUUGCAGGGCAUUGGACUAAGUGAUUCUUGGGGUCCCUUCCAACUCUACAAUUCUCUUCUGGUUUUCUCUCCUUCUAGGUGUUCAGCGAAGAUCUCUCCAAGAAUGUCAUUGACCAGAUUGUCUUGGGCUUGAUCCAGAUCUAUACUCUGGAUACAGAAAUUUCUUAAGUACAUUAAGUAAGGAGAAAGCUUCAGCGUCCCAAGUCGACUGGUCACUUUAAGUGGGGUUGAGGUGAAAGUGUUGCCCCCUCAAAACACACCAGAUUUGUAUCCUGUUUUUUUUUUGAGCGACCCAGUAGAACAGAACGGGCUGGAUUGGUGUUUGUGCCUGGAUAGACUGUGUUCUGUGGGGUCCCUGAAUCACCCUCCAGCCUGGAAUUAGUCUGAAGCCUUCCAUCCUCUACUCCCAACUUGGUGCCAGCUCAGAGCCCAUGGGGAAAGAAGACCAUGGGGAAGGAACCUGUUGCCUCCCUACUACAGGUGAAACAUGUUGCCAGGAUAUUUCCCCCACCUGUUUCUGGAAUGGUUCCCCAAAGCUUCAACGUACCAGUCAUAGAUCUUGGAUGAAGUACCGUGACUCCAUGACAUCUGACAAAGACUCCACUGCUGUGAAUGCCUUAAUUCCAGAGUAAGAAAAAAUCAUGGAUGAACUAUGGCUGCCAAUGGAUAGAAAAAAUGGCACCACUCAUUUCAAGCCUCAUCAUCCCCCCUGCAGUUCUUUCCUCCCAGUGUUAGAAACUCAGACAUAUAAACUAGGAGCCAACUGGCACCUUGAAUCCAGGUUGCGGUUGCCCCAACAGAAUGCCUCUUCACCAGGGGGUUGGACUAGAUGACCCGAGUUCCAUCUGACAAGCUGAAAUUUUGGCACUGAUUGAACAGUCAGAAGUUCAAUCCUUGAGUUCUUCCCUUAGCCCUUUCAAAACUCUAGAACUCGAGUUUCGUCCAGUUACACGGCAGCAUCUUCAGGACAUGCCAAAGUCUGUAUGCUGAUAGCACAAAAUAAUUAAUGUGAUAUUUAUUGCCAUGGAAUGUGAUGGCUCUUAAAAAGGAUUAGGCAAAUUCAUAAAGCCUUGGUCUGUCACUGCUAUUAGCCUUGGUAGCUACUGGAUGCCUUACAGGGAGUAAUUCAUAAAUAAAAUUAAAAAUAAUAAGUAACGUGUCCACAGACAGC